AUGGCCUCGGAUAAAAUCAGAGUCAAACGACUUUAUGCGAUUCACUCGAAAAGUUUGAGUGAAAACGAAAGUUCUUCAUCGACAACAUCUCAUUUCCUCCGCGUUAGGGAGAGAAGUGGCAGUGUAUCGUCUACAUUCUCCCUGGUUCGUAUCAAAAAGGACAAAAACGAUGGAAAGGAAGGCUUGGCAAAGAUGUCGAGAAAUGAAAACGACAGCUGGUUUUCAAGCCUCAAAUUGCAGUCGAGACGCGUUUUCAGUGGCGACAAAAACGAGGGAGACCCUGGAAAUGCGCCUUGUGUGGAGAAAGACCACAUAGUAAAAAGAUCCCGCAGUGGUAGUGGUUCCAUGAUUUUUUCUGCUAUAAAGUUCAGGAAAAAUCUUACAUUUUUCAACGCACAGGGUUACCCAAUUAAUACACCUUCGUCUGAGCCGCUUCAAAGAAAGAAUUUUAUUGCAGUAACAUCUAGCAACAAAGACAUCGAAAUCAUCAAACAAGAAAAGCCUCGACAUCGCGCAGUCUCGUUUUCAAGUCGGUCGCUACUUCAUUCAUCAAUAGCUCGUAAUGACGUCUUAGAGCUAAGCAGCCUAAUCGACAAUGAUAGGGACCUGGACCUGAAUGAACCGGAUGAUCUGGGCAUAACCAUGAUGCACCGUGCAGCAAUCGAUGGAAGCUACCGCUGUCUGAACUUUCUUCUCUCUCGAGGCGCAGACGUGAAUGUCACUGAUUUUCAAGGCUGGACUCCACUUCACGAUUCUGUUUUCCAUGGGCAUAUCCGCUGUGUGGUUAUUCUUCUUAUCUCGGGCGCAAACGUAGAGGCGGAGACGAAGGAUUAUCUGAAGCCCAUAGAAAUGGCAGAGGACGAGGAAAUGAUUUUAGUGGUUGGUAGAGCAAUGGCCACAAACAGAACUGGACAAAAUCCAAAUUAUGACAAAGAAACUCUCGUGUGAAUACAAUGAAUAGUAUAUCUCACAAAUUAAAACAACUCAGAUGAGUAUUGUGAUUACACAUCGAAAAUUUGUCUCUUAAUUUACCUGUCGAAUCUACUUUCAAAUUCGUAUGCAAUUCAACUUUACCUUGCCAUGACAAUACAAUCUGAUUGGUCCAGAUCGGUCAAGCAUGCAUUAUCCGGCUCUCUUAUUGGUUGUCCUGUGGAAAGGAGCCAUUCGCUACUUAGAGGGCAAGCGUUUUCCUGCGCUUUAGGCAAUUUGCUUAGCUUUACUUUGAGUUCUCAUUGGUUCUUAAGAUUAUAUUCGUUUCAUUCGAUUGGUCGUUGUGAUAAAUUUAAUUUGGCUUUGUUUAUACGACAACCAAUCGAAAAGCGCCCUAAUAAGUUAAUGAUUAUCAUCCCUCGGCUAGAGUUGCAGGGAGUAAUUGUGCUCGUAUUCUUGAAUUCUGUUCAACAGAAUUAUCAAAGUAAGAGGUAUCAGACAGUUUCUCAAAAAACUGUUUUAAAACAAAAUAAGUGUAAAGAAUCUCUUUCGUUGUUAAAUUACAAAUUAUAACUUUCGCUUUCUCUCUCUCCUUUGUAAUUUUUUUUGUUGUCGCACGUGGCGCACGUGAUUUCCAAAAUUGGGUGUUGUUACGUAACCUACUAUUUGCACGUGCAUGCUUUUUUUUUCUGCAGGUUUUUUGUCUUUAUCAUGGAAUUGAAAUUUUUUAUAUCUAUAAUGGAACGUUCAAAGUGCUUUCAAGUGUUUUCAAAAGGGUUAAGAGGAUUUAGAAAGGGUUGAAUAGUCUAGAAAGAGAUCGCCUUCUCGUGUAAUAUAAUUAAUUGGAAUAUAUGGUUACCAACUUAGCGAUAAUUUAUCGAAGAUUAAGAGCAUGGUAACAUAACGGUAAAUUUGACAGAAUAUAUUUUGUGCAGUCUUUGGAGUAAAUCUAAUCCGAGUUGGUGAACACGAAAACUCUUUUCGACAUUCUUAAGAUAACUUGGCAGUUGUAUAUUGUGUGGGCAGGGAAAAUAAUUAUUUUUGUUGUUAAGACCGUCGCUAUAAACUGUGACAUUUCAAGCGGUACAAGCAAAAGAACCAACAGACUUGUGGGCGAAACAGGAAGGAUAUAAGUACAAGUUGUCGCGCCAGGAAAAUUCUAGGGCUGUUCAUUAGACUAGACCCGACGAUAAUCGUACUUCUGUAUAAGCUUUUGUUCAUAUUUGAAAACAGCGGAAGACAUAAAGAGAUUUUUUGUAAUAGUCGAGAUAAAAAGGUCGGUAAGUUGAAAAAGCCCCACAAUAAAAAUACUGUGGGCGAAAAACAAAAGUUUACUUCUCGAAGCUUUAGCAAAUUUGCAUAUAAGUAGCAAUCGAAAUGGAAGUGAUUUCUGGUGCUAUCUCGCUAUUUUUCUGGAAUAAAAUCUUACCAACCAUGGUGAUCAGCUUUAUGAAAUUAAGUGUAUAUUCAAGGUAUCACUUAGAUAAAAGAGGAAGUCGGUUUUAGCGAUGUUCUCUUGAACCAAACAUAAUACCAAUUACACUAACAAGCACACACAUUAAUUCACUUUGAUCAAAAGGUGGAGUUCUACUUAAUUUCCAAACACUUUAUCGCGUUAAGGGUGUCAUGUCGAAACUGGUCUUGACUCAAGGAAAGAAAACCGCACUAUUAAUUUCUUAAUAAGCUUUCCGUGAUUCAAACCUUUUCAAUAAACGGUGUUUAACUUUAGCCAGGAACUGAAUUUUUAUACUGAAUUGGUGAUUACGAAUGACUCCAGGGAUUUGCGUCAGUGGACUAAUACCAUAACAAUAUAGUCUAGGUGUUUGUUUAUCAUAAUAAGUCAUCUCCGGUCGUCAAAGUAUAUAGUGUCCAUGAACUGCCUGGCACAGACAAAAGACAAGCUACGGUCGAGCUGCAAACCAGAAACAGGCGGUUUUGAAAACAAAAUCCCCUAAGGCGGAGGAGGUCAGAUUCAAAACUGACAAAGCAAAGAUCUUAGGAGAAAAAACGUGAGCCUUUUUUUAUCUGCUGUAGUGACGAAAAGUGUGAUUGAUACACUUGUCACAUGAUGUUAGCAUUGCAUAGAGCAUCUCAAGAGGGCAAUUUAAUUCUGGUGUCGAUUCUGCUCGAGAGAGGGGUAAACGUAAAUGCAAAAGAUAGACAGGGGCGAACUCCUCUCCACAUAGCGGCAGAGAUUGGAGACAAGUUAUUAGCCGAGCUGUUAUUUCAGCGAGGAGCGGAUACGUGUUCGGUAUCCGCUAGGGGAAAUAUUCCUCUAGACUGCUCCAAGGAUGAAGAAAUGACUUUGAUGCUUGUUCAGAUGAUGGCUAGAGCGGGGAAAGCAAAAAUAGCCAAAGAGAGAUUACAGUUUGAAGAAUUGUCCGAAAAGGCCCGGCAAAAAGCCGCUAAGACAUUAGACUUGAAAAGCCCCAGAAAAAAGGGACCUCCAGUGCCAUUUUCUCAGUUUUGGAACAAGCGUUCCAUAGCAAGCUUUCUCGGAUUGAGAGAGGCUGAUUCAAGGCUUUCAAGCCUGUCAAACAUUUCUGACUGUAGUAGAUUCAGCGAAAGUGAGUCCGGCUUUUCUGAAUUGGACAAAUCUCCUGAGAGCACAUCUAUGGAGUCUGUACAGACGAACGAAUCACUUUCAAGCGGCUUCGCGUCCGUGGACGAAUUUUCACCGCAAUCAUUUAAUAGGCGCGCGACUACAGCACUAACGAAAGAAGAAUUCGCAGCCUUGAACCGUUCUCCUUUCAUGCCACGGCGCACUCGUGCCGUAUCGGACCCGCCGCGAAAACGGACAAUUAAACGAUCAUCAACGUGGAAUAUCAGCAGUAAAAGUGAGAGCACAUUCCCGCGUUCUGCGCUGAAAAGACGGGUGGAAAAGUGUGUGACUUUCCCGGCGGAUGUUCUCUUAGACAUUGCAAUCAAAAACGACGAUUUCGUUGAAACUUGCCACUUGAUAAAAUCAAAAAAAGUCGACUUUAAUCGCGUUGGAUGCAAUGGGCUCACACCGCUUCAUCGAGCGGCCAUCGAAGGCAGUCACGAAUGUCUGCAACUGUUAAUUGACCUCGGAGCAAACGUGAACGCGCGGGAUGGCUCAGGAUGGACACCUCUUCACGACGCUGUUUAUCACGGAAAUUUCAACUGCGCACUGGUUUUAUUGAGCGCAGGUGCUGAUCCAGAAGCUGAAACGGACGAUUUUACAUCGGUGAUAGAAAUGACAGACGAUGAUAAAAUGCUUCUUGUCGUUGGAAGAGCGUUGAUUCUAGCAUUCAACAGUGGGUACCAAAACGAAGUAUCUUUCUGCGGGCAGGAAGUACAUCAUCCUGUUUUUGACCCAGAUAGGGAAACAUGCGUUUAA